GUUCAGUCCACAACUGAGGAGCAUUAUUACAAUGUCUUACAGACAGACUAAGGAAGAGCUGGAUGCUGAGUUUGAGAAGUUCCUGAAAGAGUCUGUUUCAGAUGACUCAGUGGAUUUAAGCAGCCCUGACAAGCAGUCUAAAACUAGAAGCAGCCAGAAAUCCAGUCAGAAACCAACAGUUUCAUGGUGGCAAGAUGAUGAAAACAGCAGUGGAGAAUCAUCGAAGACACCAGGUGGGAACAUGAGCGCUAUGGGCCUGGACACUCUAGAGGAGGAGGAGGAGAAAGCCAGGUUCUUUGCACAGAUAGAGGCAGGAACUUCAUCAGCUAUAGAUUAUUCCAAGCUGAACAGAGAGUUGGAUUCAAGCCGUUCUACCUUUGCCACUGAGCUCAGGAAAGACGAUGGGCCAGCAGUGGAGCCUUCUGCUGCAGCAGAAGCUGUGGGAGAGUCUUCAGCCUACUCUGGCACCCCACAAAACAGUGAAGAGUUUGAAGAUGAGGGUGGCAUAAAAGAGUCGCAAACGAAGAACUCUAAAUUGUCCCCAGCUCUUGCGAGAGGCCAGUUAUAUGCACAGAGUGGAGGGUCAGACGUGGAGGCACUUCAGGAAGCAUACAGACAGAUUCACUCUGUGGAGGGCUGCAAUGGUCACCGCUGUCUCCCUCUAGAGGAUGAAGGGAGGACCGACAGGCCAGUCUCUCCGUCUCUUCCUCAGCAUGCUCGGCAGACUCUACAGCCUUUUUCUACCAGCGACUCAGAUUUGCCUACAGCAGAGGAGCUGAUGAGGCCUAUACGAGCAGAAGACCACAUCAGAGGCUUUACUCUGCCUGUCAGUCAGGAACUGAGGAUGUUCCCACGUGUGACUCCAUCAGAGCUGGACCUGAAGCAACCUGGGCAGAGCUACUCUAGAACCACAGAACCGCCCAACCUUGACCUGACCUCCAGUAUCAAGAAGGAAGUGGAAAGACUGAUGCAGGAACAGAAUAAACAUUUUCCCCAAACUCUGUCACUGGUUGACAACACAAAAAAAAAAACUACAUCCAAGGGCUCCUCUGUGUUCCUUUCCUGCAUGCUGUCUGAAAGGAAGCUUCCUCUCACUCCAUCCAGAGGCAGGUUCGGGGACAGCAAGGCAGCUGGGAAGAUGAGCAAAGCUGCUCCCACACCCAAAGCCCCCCCCUCAACAAACAAAUCCACAAAAAAACAAGAACAAGAUAGCGGAGUUGCUGCAGUAGAGACAGGUGUGAGGGUGAGCAGUGAGCUGGUGGCAUCCGUUCAGUCCCUGGUGGCUGUUCUCGAGCGGCAGAUACACACCAGCAGUCUCCAUUAUGCUGUGCCUCAGGACUGCAGCUGUACACAAGCCCCUCCUCAGUUUGCAGACAGUUCUGUGAUUGAGGCAUUAAGAGCACAGCUGGCCCACAAGGUAAAGGAGCUGCAGAUGAUGAAGGAUGAUGCUGAGCACAUCAACUCACUGAGACAACAGAACUACCUGCUGCAGAGCAAGCUGCGCAGUGCAGAGGAAGCUAAUCAGAGGAGAUGGCUGGAGGCUGCAGAUCCUGCCACUGAGGACAAAAUCCAGCUAAUAGAGAAAGAAUUGAAAGAACAGGAGAUGCUCCUCAAAGGUUACCAGCAGGAGAAUGAGAAGCUGUAUGUAGAGAUGAAGGCUGAGCAGAGCAGGAGUAAAGCCAAUCAGGAGGCCAUGUUUAAUGAGAACCAGGAGCUGCUCAGCCAGCUGGCUGUCACCAGGGAGCAGCUGAGAAAAAGCUCCAGGCCUGUGUGCGCCAUGGAUCACACUAAACGCAUCUCUGACUUGUUGGCUCAAAUCAACACCCGCCAGCAGAACGAGGCCAGGCUGUGUGAGGAGAACAGCAGGCUGGAGCAGGAGAAGCAGUCCCUGCAGGUGGAGCUGCAGCUGAUGAAACAAGAGCAGCAGCUGGCCAAAGUGCAGACCUUCUCCACCUCAGAUGAGAUAUCUGAGCUGCAGGGCCUGCAGCAGCACAGGGAGGAGGUGGCAGCUCUCAAGAACAAACUGCGGUGGUUUGCAGAGAACCAGGAGCUGCUGGACAGAGAUGCUGGCCGGCUAAAAGCAGCAACGGCUGAGAUACUCCAACUCAAAGAACAGGUGGAACACCUGAAGAGGGAAGUAGGCAAAAGAAGCAGCAAUGUGCUGAGGAAGGCCAGAGACAGACCUGCAGACACAAAGAGAAUGCAGGAUCUGCAGCGGCAGGUGAAGGAAUUAGAGCAGAUUCUGAGAAGCAGGAACCCAAACUCGCUACCAGCCCUCAUCUAUGCUGCAGCCAUAGCUGGUGGUGGGGAGAAGGCCACCUCCAGCGGGACGCACCCCCGCAACACAGUCAAUGUUCUGCUGGAGCGUAGGAUUCAGCGGCUGGAGUCUGAGCUGGAAAGGCACGAUGAAGAGGCCAAGCGAACCCUGAGAGCCAUAGAGCAACAGUUCCACCAGAUCAAGCUGUGCUACGAGCAACAGAUAUGUGAACUGGAACAGCAGCUGGAACAAAGACAGCUGCCCGCAGCAGCAGCCACAGUGGCGGAGGUGGGGUCAGAUGCAUGGAUGUGUAAAUGUCAGUUUCUGGAAGAGGAGCUGCAGCGGGUCCAUGACAGGCACCAGCAGAAAGACAAACGUUUGCAGGACCAGAUAGAGUCUCUGCAGCAGCAGCUCAAACACAAGGCACAGCCGCACCAGCACCAAGCUGAGGCGGCAUUUGGAGGCCGGAUCGAGCGGCUGAACCAGGAGCUGGCCACUAAGAGCCGCAGCAUUCAGGAGCUGAGCCGGACCAUAGAGAGGCUGCAGAGGGAGCGCAGGAGCAUGCUGUCUAUGCCACGCCAGCGAUCAGAGAGCCACUCAGCAGAGAGCAGAGCCCAGGAAUCUUCUGCUGCAGCAGACGGCAGCACACAGGCAGGAAGAUUUCCUGCAGCUCAGUAUGAGAAGACUUACCAGCCUUCUGUGUUCACAGGAAGCCAUGUCUCUGAGCUGCAGCAGGAGAACGAGGCUCUGAGUCGGCAUGUGGAAUUGCUUCAGCAGCAGAGUAAGCAGGAGAAGGAGGAACUGAAGGCCAACGCUGUUCAGGCAAAGGAGGAACUGUUCAGGUCUGUACAUCUGAAUCAAUCAAUCAAUCUACAGGGGCCUCAUGCAUGAAAGAGUGCACAGUUUUCACACUAAAAAUUGU